AUGUCAAGAGUAGCUAGAGCACAAUGUGCCAACUGUACCUGUUCACCAGGUUUAUUAUCAAGAACAAACAAAAAGUCCGUAUCCUUUGCCAAAAGAAUUAAUCUCAAUAGACUCAACAGCAGUGGCAGUAUCAAAGAUGGACAUUCACAGUCAAGAAAAGGCUCUGUCUUCACCUUAGAUCCAUCCUUGUGCUUACCUGAAACUAAGGAAGUCAAUACUUCUCAAAGAUUGGAAAGAUUGAGACAGGAGAUGAAGAAACAGGAUUUGGGUAUUUACAUUGUUCCCAGUGAAGAUCAACACCAAUCGGAAUACACUUCUGCUUAUGAUCAAAAGAGAAGUUUCAUUAGUGGAUUCAGUGGAAGUGCCGGUAUUGCCAUUAUUACUAGAGAUUUAAACAGUGUUGGUGGAGACGACUUUACUCAAGGCAGUGCUGCCUUGUCAACUGACGGUCGUUAUUUUACUCAAGCACUUGAUGAGUUGGACUUUAAUUGGAUUUUAUUGAAACAAGGUGCUAAAGGUGAACCUACAUGGGAGGAAUGGACCGCAGAACAAGCAUCUCAAUUGAGCUUGGAUAGUGGGUCAAAGGUAAAAAUUGGAGUUGAUCCUAAAUUAUGGAGCUACAAGCAAUAUCAAAGGUUUAAAGGCGUUGUUGAAAAACAGUUGGUGAAGACACCAAAGGCACAAAUUGAGAUUACCCCCGUGGUUAACAACUUGAUAAAUAAAAUUUGGGAAGAUUUUGAGACAUUACCAGCUUCAACUCUCGGUGAAAUAAAACAUUUGGAUUUAAGCUUUACCGGUAAAGAGGCAAGCGAUAAGAUAAAAGAGAUUAGGGAUCAAGUCAUCAAAGAUGAUGUGAAUGGGAUGGUAAUUACUGCAUUGGAUGAAGUUGCUUGGCUAUUGAACUUACGUGGUCUGGAUAUCCCCUACAACCCAGUAUUUUACAGUUUUGUUGUCCUUACAAAGUCUCAAGUAAAGCUAUUUGUUGAACAAAAUAGAUUAAGUUCAAAUAUAAUUGAAAAUUUGGAAAAAAUUGGUGUUACUAUUGAACCAUAUGAAGAUUUUUAUUCAUCGUUGGGUACACUUUCGAAAGAAAUUGCGGUUGACAACAAGAAACUAUUCAUACCGAAUAACGCCAAUUGGGAAGUUGUGCGAAACUUGCAAUGUUCAUUCACUGAAGGGUUAUCGGCGGUUGAAUUACAAAAGUCCAUUAAAAAUGACACUGAAUUGAAGGGAGCACAGAUUGCCCAUUUGAAAGAUGGAAGAGCCUUAAUUAAAUUCUUUGCCUGGUUAGAAAACGAAGUUGUUGCAAAUGGGGAAAUGAUUGAUGAAGUUACUGCCGAUGAGAAGUUGACUGAAUUUAGACAGCAAGAGGAUAAUUUUGUUGGCUUAUCAUUUGAUACAAUCAGUGCCACUGGUGCUAAUGGAGCUGUGAUACAUUAUAAACCCACCAAGGGAUCAUCGUCGAUAAUCAACCCGGAAAAGAUCUAUCUCAAUGACUCGGGGUCUCAGUUUUUAGAAGGUACGACCGACACCACGAGAACCGUUCAUUUCUCUACACCAACUAGAGAAGAGAUUAGAAACUACACUUUGGUAUUAAAAGGAAACAUUGCCUUAUCUACCUUGAAGUUUCCUGAAGGAACCACGGGUAAUUUAAUUGAUUCGGUAGCAAGACAAUACCUUUGGGACUAUGGGUUGGAUUAUGGACACGGAACAUCCCAUGGAAUUGGAGCCUACCUCAAUGUCCACGAGGGUCCCAUAGGUAUAGGCCCCAGACCCAAUGCAGCUGCCCAUGCAUUACAACUGGGUAACUUGAUUUCCAAUGAGCCCGGUUUUUACAAGGAAGGUGAUUACGGAAUUCGAAUUGAAAAUGUCAUGUAUAUCAAGCCUAGUGAGUAUACGUUUGCUGGAAAGAAGUUUUUGGAGUUUGAAACUGUCACCAAAGUGCCCUUUUGCAAGAAGUUGAUUGAUAGUUGUAUAUUAACGGAGAAGGAAAUAAGAUGGAUUAACAAGUACCAUUCAUUAAUAUGGAGGGAAUUGAGUGGUAAUUUCGACAAGAAUAGUAUCACUUAUAAAUGGUUAAAGAGAGAAACUGAACCAAUAGCUCCAUAG